AUGACUCUACACUUAACAUCUCUGCUGCUCUCAGCCAUCUUACUGGGUGGAGUUCAAAGUAAGCGUAUGUGUUCCUUCAAUGAUGUGCUACAGAAUAUCAGUCUGGGAAGUAUUCCAGGUCCAGGUGUGCGACCGGUGAAGGACUGGCAGACACCAACACAAGUUCUUGUAGACAUGACACUGUACACUAUUGUUGUCUUGGACACAAGUUCCCAAACACUUAUAUCAUAUAUCUGGUUAACUUUGCCAAUCAAUUUUCCUCAGCCCACUCCAGUGUCUGAACUAACAAACAUUGGGACAGCCUGUGUGCAGACAUACGGAGUAGAUUUUGUUGCAAAGAAACUUCUGCUUAUUGUUGGAAGUGACGAAUGGUACAAUGACUAUAUUUCCUGGGAGCCAGAAGACUUUUGUGAGAUUAGGAAAAUUGUUACUGUGGGAGAUACACUUUGGAAACCAGAUUUAUAUAUUUAUGAAAUGACAGAACCAGAUGAUAAAGAGCCAGUGAUUCCUUACUACACUAUACACUAUGAUGGCAAAAUCACUGCUGCCAAGCCUUUGAGGAUCAUCAGUUCCUGCAACAUUGAUAUCUUCAAGUUCCCAUUUGACACACAGACUUGCAACCUGACCUUUGGCUCUUAUGUUUACUCUGAGACAGAUAUUAUCAUGCUUCCGAAAUUCUAUUCCGCUGAUGUCAACGCACACUGUUUGAGUGUUUUUGUUAGCAAAGGAGACUGGAAUUUGUUGAACGUCAUAGUGAUGAACCAAAGUCUGAUUUCUGAUGGAGAAGCAUAUAGCAAAGUUACCUAUAUGAUAACACUAAAACGGGCCCCUAUUGUUUAUGUGAUUAAUAUCAUCAUCCCAGCUUGUUUUAUGGUUUUCCUGGAUAUUGCCAGUAUUUUCAUACAGAUGGGCUCUGGAGAAAGGCUUGGCUUCAAAAUAACUGUAGUUCUGGGGUUCUCUGUGCUCUUGCUAAUCUUAAAUGAUAUGGUGCCUAAUUCUGACAGCCCCCCUAUUUUAGGUAUAUUCUGCGCUCUUUGUCUGGCUGUAAUGGUGACCAGCAUAAUUGGUACUGUUAUAAUCAACUACAUGAUGACAUUGUCAGACACGCAGCCAAACGUCCCUAACUGGAUAAAGACUUGGAUCCUAAAACAUUUAGCAUGUCUCUUGCUUUUUAAGUUGUACAAAAAUGAAAAAGAUCUUGUGGUCUCUGUAGACACAGAUCCAAAUGUUAAGAACACAGAUAACCGGCCUGACAUGGAGCUUAAAAAAAAAAGUAAAGACUCAGACAAAGAGAUCAAAGUAAAUCUGGAAGUGAGGUUAUUAAAAAGAUUGUUGGCUGCAGUUCUAAAGAUAAACCAAGACCUGAAUUUGUCCAAGAAUGGGCAGGAUGCCACAUCAGAGUGGUACCUGGCUGCUAUUGUAGUGGAUAGGCUGAUUCUAAUUUUGUAUUUAAUUAUUGUCAUCAUAAUAUUCUCUGUUGUUGUUAUUGUCUGGGCAAAAUAAAUUAU